AUGAGCGAAAAAGAGAAGUCAACAAAUUCUAAAUUUGAACGUCUUAUUUCGAUUCUGAAGGGAAAUAAGUAUACAUUUGCUAUGAAGCGUGCAGCUGCAGAGCAAAUUGGCUUCCUCCAAAAAGAAUUUGCAUAUGAACUUUCAUAUUUGCUCGAAAAACUCUAUCCUUUGAUCAUGCAUCCAAACUACGAUACACGUUGUGGCGCUGCUCUUGCUAUUGGAUUUUUGAUUCCUCAAUGCAAUCAUAAAUAUUCGAGAUGGAGUGUUACAAGGAACUAUGGAAAGUUCGAAGAAUUCAAUGCUCAAAUGAUUCUCAAUGACAAGGAUUGCCCUGUUUUACUAAAUACAUGGUCAUCAGAAACAGAACUACCCAGCGAUUAUAAAAAUCAACAAUUCAAAGCAGAAGACAAUAACAUCUCAGAACUUUGCCAAUUUACAGAACUUCUAUUGACAAAACUCGAUUCUAAUGAUUGGUUUUACAGACAUGGUGCUGUUAUCGCUUUAGGAGAAGUUUACAAAGGUCUUAAAGAGCGUAACGAGUUAAUUUCUCUUCCAAAAUUUUACUUAGAAGAUAUCGCAGUACGUCUUUUGAUUUUAAUUUGCAGAGAUAGAUUUAUCGAUGCUUCUGUAUCAGACAAGGUCAUUAUUCCUGUCAGUAUGGAAGCCUGCAAGUUAAUUUCCAAGAUCAUUAUUACAAAACCUCAACAAUUAAUUCCAAUCAUCGAACAAUUAAUACAAGCUGAGCCAUACCAACUCAGAUUGUGCGCAUGGCUUAUCCUUAAGAACUGCAGUGCCAUUGAUGCUAAAGUAUUUGACAUAAAUUGGAUCUACAAUCACUUUAAGAACGCAUUUCAGAGUUCUCACGACGACGACAUCUUCCAAGACGUCAUUACAUACGCUGCAGAAGCUGUUUAUCCAAUUGUCGGUAAAAUUGAGGAAAAAGAUGAAGUUGCAAAGCUUGUUUGGGACGAAUUCAUGAAUUACGAUCCAAUUAACUCAUUCAACCAAAUAUUACUCGAUAUUACCCUCAAAUUACUCGAAAAACAAGACGUUACUUACUUCGCAACCAAAGAAGGACUCGAUACAAUUUACAAAUGCAUAAUUGCUGGUACACCAUCCACAGGAUCACUCGAAGCAAGGAAGUCAGCAUAUGCACUACUCACAGCCACCAUGAAGGUCGGAUAUCUCGAUGUUUGGUCCGAUUAUGAUAUUGCCGGACUGUCAGAAACAUUAAUUCGCAUCAAUCUCAACGAAGACAAGUAUAAUCUUAUGGCAGUCUCGUUAUUCGACUGCUUGAAAUCACUUCUUGACAUUCAAGGAUUCGAAUUUGGAGAAGAUUACGUUGUAAGGAUCUGUAGCAACAUCGCAAGUGACAAGAAGAACUUGGACAAGCUUGGAAGUAUCAUUUCCAUUCUUAUAUCAAUUGGAAAGUACAUCAAUCUCAAUGUAAAAGAGAAUCUUACAUUUAAAGGUGUCGAAAAUCCAAUUGCAAUCUGUUUUAUUUAUAUUAUCUGCUUGUCAAUGCUUGCAAAAGAGCCUACACUUGCUAAAAUCUCUCCAAUGAUAUUAAAAGUGAAUCCAAUUCCGAUCUUCAAAAAUUUGUUUACAUUUAAACCAAGGAAAACACUUGAUUACAUUCCAGAGAUAACAACAGUCAAACUUGGCGCAUUCCGCAAGUUCAUUACAGACUAUGUUGCCUUAUCCAUUAAAAAUUACAAACAUGAAGAAAGAAAAAUCAUCAUCAUUGAACAAUUGAUUUCAGAAGAAUCAACGAACCAUGAAGAAUGUUUCUUCCCUAAACUAAUACCAGAGUCAAAUCCAAACAGAAGUUUCGCUGUAGCAAUAAGUCAAGUAAGACGUGACAUCACAUCUGAUGUUUUGAACAACAUUUUGUUACAGUGUACAACUAUUCUUCCAAAAGUUAUUUCAUCAAGAGAGACACUUUUGAGAUGUUACUAUUAUGUGAUGGGUAACAACAUCUUGCCAAGGGAAUCAUUGGAACAGUUGAUCAAAUGUUUCGCUGAAGACAAUGAAGAAUAUUUGGUGACAAUGGCUGCAUGGGUUGCUGAAAUCUACGCAAGAAGAAAAACAGAAGAAUUCAUGCAAGUUUAUUUGACAAUGGAUUUGCCAAAAUUCAAUAGAGGUCAGGCAGAAUUUAUUGACUUGUUUAUGUCAAAUAUACAGUUCGGAAAGCAUCAAUGGUGCUCAUUCUUCAUUCCUUCUUUGCUCGAGAACAGAUUCAAGACUGACGACAAAGUCGUUCAACAAUAUAUUUCCCAUUCUUUGGCAAAUUCAAUUAAAUAUUUGCCAUUAGAAAAAAGUGACGAAUUAAAUGUUCCUGAAAAUUUGAAAGAACUCAAAUUGCAGUCACUUGAAAAACUUAAGCCAUUGUUUGAUCCGAAGCUUAUCAAGCCAAUGGAGAUUCUUCCUGAACCAAGUGUUUCUCCUUUGGAUUAUCAAUUCGAUGGUAUCAAAUGGCUUGGUUUUCUUUUGGAAUUCGGUUUGAACGGAAUUUUGGCUGAUGAUAUGGGUCUUGGUAAGACAUUCCAGACUCUCUGCGCGAUAUCAACAGUCCACAAACAUGCAAUAGAGAAAGGAGAGAAUCCUAUUUCAUUGAUAUUCGCUCCUCCAAACGUUGUUUAUCAUUGGACAAAAGAGGUUGAAAAGUUCUUCCCAUGGAUGGAAACAGUCAAAAUAAAUAACAGAAGUUUCUUCAAGAACAAUAAUUUGAAGAAAUUCUCUGGUUUGGUUGUAACAAGUUAUGGAAUGUCCAAACAUUUCGUUAACUUAAACAUCGGAAGACCAUUUAAAUACAUUGUUUUGGAUGAAGGACAUUUAAUUAAGAAUUCAAGUUCUUCAACAGCUCAAAACAUAACAAGUAUUUCUAGUGAACACAGAUUGAUCUUGUCCGGUACACCAAUCCAAAAUGGUGCUUUAGAUCUUUGGUCUUUGUUCAAUUUCUUGAUGCCGGGAUAUUUAGGUCCUUUGGAACAAUUCAGGAAAUUGUAUGAAAAUCCAAUCAACAAAAUGUUCGAUACAAACGCAUCAGAGCAAGACACAGAGCGAGGAAGGAAGGCCCUUGAAGACCUCCACAGCCAAGUCUUGCCUCUCAUUUUGCGUCGUCUGAAAACAGAUGUUUUGAACUCUGUUUUGCCUAAAUCUUAUAACACAGAAACAGCAACUCUUUCUGAAGUACAAAAGAACCUUUUACAAAGCCAUUUCGAACAGAUCGAUGAAGAAGAAAUAACAGAAGCAACAUUCACGAAACUCAAGUUUGAAAGGAAUGUAAAUAUCCAUCCAGAACUCGAAAGUCCUGAUUCUUGCGAAGGAACAAUUGAAGAAUCAGGAAAAUUGGUUGUUCUAAGAGAUCUGCUUUUGUAUACUUUAGGUUUCGGUCCAGGAAAAGAAGAAGUUUUGAGACAAAAAGUUGUCAUUUUCUGCGAAAGUGAAUCAGCAAUCAAGGAAAUCAUUAAAUAUGUCAUUCCUUGUUUGGUUGACACUACAUUUGUUAAGUUUGAUUCAUCAUUAAGUCAAGACGAAAGAGAUAAAAACAUUGAUGCAUUCAUGAGUGAAAAUGGUCCUGAUUUGUUCAUUGCAACUAAAAGCGCUGCUGGUCAUGGUAUUAACUUGACUGCUGCAAACGUUGUCGUAUUCUUCGAAUUGAACUGGAAUCCUGCUAUUGAUUUACAAGCAGAAGAUAGAGUUCACAGAAUCGGACAGAAGAAACAAGUCAGAAUUUACUCAAUUGUUAUGGAAGGAACAAUCGAUGAAAGAAUCGAAAACUCACAGAAGAGAAAGAAGAUGAUCAUGGACUCCGUUAUUCAUGACCAGAAAGAACUUGGCGAUUUGGAUACAACAGGUUUGAACCAGAACAUCACUGGAGAAAUGACUGAGGCACCUGAAAAGCCAAUGUCAUUCAAGGAAUUGAUCAAUUCUGAUAUUAAGUACGACAAGGAUGCAUAUAACCAAAUGGAUAAUUAA